AUGGCCGUCGCUCGCUACACGCGUUAUCGUGCGAAGGACGGGGCGUUAUCGCGCGGGCCGCCCGAUCGGCGAUUGUUUUGCGGGCAAUUAGCGCGGCCCGCACGUGCCGGCCCGUCCCCAGACGGGAUGCCAGUCGGCAGUGCACCGCGCGCGCCCCACGUGAGCGGUUGUCGUGUUGGGUCUGUGUCGCGCUGUCCCGUAACAGAAUACGCGGUUACAUCGACUAAUCGCUCUAUGCUUGCAAUGAUAACGGAUAGAGGACUCCGUAAAAAGUUGACACAGGAAGCAAUACCAGAGAAAACACCACGUAAGCCUUCAAAGCGCAAAUCUACUGCGGGCAGCUCAAAGAAUGAUAAAAAGAAUGAGCAGAACAAUAAUAAAAGACCAAAAGUCCAAACUGGAGACCCGAAACUAGAUCUCUUUUCCACUUAUCAACCAUGGGUGAUUCAAACAUAUGGGGAUUUGGCGAAGACUAAAACGAUCACACUGAAGAAAUAUGCUAGGAUUCUGCGCACAUUGCGGGGGGAAGAGUGCAAUAGUUCCGAUAGUUCCAAGUUUCGUUUCUGGGUGAAGGCAAAGGGAUUUCAUGUUGGGAAACCGCCGGGAUACGACGCUAAACCGGCUGAUGGCAUAGUAUGCCGAUACAGCGUGAUGGACGCCGAUGGAUGUACCAGAGGUCCGGAUGGUAUGGAGAUAUAUACCGGAUCACAAAACGACCCUCCGUUGUACAUCCCUACUCCACCAUUAAAGACUGACAACACGUCAGAGCGUAAAUUUAAAACAUUCUAUCGUGUUCCGAAACGUGUAGCGGGAAAUCAUAAAAGCGUCGCUUCAUACGCACGAUACGUCGCUUCAACCCCGAGCCACCAUACCGUGCUCCGUGGCUGUGUGAAAUUUAAACAAACGUUCGCAUUCAAUUUAUAUUCGCCCGACCAACGGUGCCCUGUUAGCAAAAUCGAGAACAAUGGCGGCCACACAUAG